UUUAAGGUAACUGAUAGUAAUUCUUUUUUUCAGUAAAAGUAGUGAUGAGUGAAUCAAAAGUUAUAGUUAUUACUGGUGCAACUAAAGGCAUUGGUCUUGCUUUAGCGAAAUGGUUUAUGGGUUGUGGUCAUUCUGUCAUUGGCUGUGGAAGGUCACAUGAUGCAGUUGAAAGGUUGAAUUCUUCCAGAACACCAAACAGUUUGUUUUCUGUUGUUGAUAUUGGAGAUGCAUCUUCUGUAGAAGAAUGGGCUAAGCAAUCCUUGGAAAAAUUUUCUCCUCCUGAUCUCCUUAUCAAUAAUGCGGCUAUAGCAAAUAGUCCAAAAAAGUUAUGGGAGGUACCCAUAACAGAAUUCGACAAAAUGAUGGACAUUAAUUUGAAAGGAGUUAAUUAUGUCAUUCAUUACUUCUUACCUGCAAUGUUGAAAGUGAAAAAAGGAGUGGUUGUGAAUAUGAGUUCUGGUUGGGGCAGGCACCCAUCUGCCGAAGUAGCACCAUAUUGUUGCACUAAGUUUGGUAUUGAGGGCUUAUCAUUGUCCUUGGCAAAAGAACUGCCUUCUCCUUUGACUUGUGUAUCAUUGAACCCAGGAAUGAUACACACUGAUAUGUUGGAAAAUUAUUUUGGAGACGAAGCCCAACACCAUAGCUCUCCUGAACAAUGGGUUAAAAAAGCCGGCCCAUUUUUGUUAGCUAUCAACAGAACCAGUAAUGGUACUCAAAUGUCCUACUUAAAAAACAAUUGGACUAUAGUGUCUAAUUUUGUAAACCUUAAUAGUAGUAAAAAUUUAGACAAAGUAUUAUUAUCAAGUAAUGACUGCAGAAAAGCCGUGAUUUGUGAAUGGGUUGAGCUAACAACUAAAUUCAUGUGCUAUUUUAGUGAUAAUAUAACAAGAAACAAAAUGAUACCCAUAGUAGUAUUUGUCAUCCCAUUUUUCCUCAUCUCUGCAUUUACCUGGAUGUAUCGAAAGUUUUUUCAAGGAGAAAUUGACGUCAAAAAUAAAAUUGUUAUGAUCACGGGUGCAAGCUCGGGACUGGGAGAAGCAUUGGCGAAAAGAUUUGCAAAGUCAGGUGCAAAACUUGUUUUAUGUGCUCGUAAUUUGGAAGAGUUAAAUCGUGUGAAAAGAGAAAUUUUAAAGGAUGAGACAUCUACUUGGCCAGUUAUUUACAAAAUGGACAUCACCAACAACGAUGACAUAACAUCAUGUGUGAAAGAUGUUGAAGAAAAGUAUGGUGCUAUAGAUAUUUUGCUGAGUAAUGCUGGUGUCAGUCAUAGGGGUGCUGUUAUGGACACAAUUAGUGAUGUAAACAUGAAACUCAUGAAUGUUAACUAUUUUGGUCCAGUUAAUUUAGUCAAAGCGGUUCUACCAUCAAUGCUGCAACGCAAGCAGGGCCAUAUUAUUAGUAUUGGCUCAGUGCAAGGAAAAAUUGCCAUUCCAUUUCGAUCUGCUUAUUCUGCCAGUAAACAUGCCAGUCAAGCAUUUUUUGAUAGUUUACGUGCCGAAGUAGCAAAAGACAAUAUCAACGUAUCCGUGGUAAACCCGGGGUACAUAAAAACUAACCUGUCGAAGAAUGCAUUGAGUGGCGAUGGUUCAAAACACGGAGUAAUGGACGCCACCACAGCUUCAGGUAUGGGCGCAGGUUUCGUUGCGAAUCACAUCUUCGAUACCACAUCUUUUCCUGUCAGUGAACUUAAUAUUGGUGAUAUGAAAUCUACAUUUGCCAUGUACCUACGAAUCUUAUUUGCACCACUUUAUUUCAAAAUUAUGGAAUUUCGAGCUAACAAGGAAUGGAGAACAGCUAAGAAGUCACGUUAGAUGUUAAGUGGACAUUUAAUGGAUAAAGCGGAUAAUUUGUGAAAAUUUGAUUAGCGAUUGUUAUUUUAUUUGAAUUUCUUCGGUUUUUAAUUAAGCUUUAUGUUCUCACCGCACGACACUUAUUCCCCCACCUUGCAAGUGUACCUGAAGUAUGUGAUCCUUUGUGAGUGGGAUAGCCAUAGUAAACAAAAAGGAGGGGAAUUUAGGCUGUACAUGUUGUACCAAGAUAAUCUCCAUGUUGAGAGAGUCAGGCUUAUACCUAAAGGGACUUAGAAAGCGCAGGCCAUAUUAAGGAAAAGGGGAUAGGGUAGUUUUUCUUUCUGAACAUUUGUAUCCAACAAAGAAAAGGAAACGGUUGCAUAAAAAAAUGAAUUUUACCAUUUCGAAGGUUUUUCAAACUCUGCACUGACAUCAACUUUGACCAUACCUUGUUUUUACUUAACGUAUCCAAUGAUUAAUGAAUAUAGCUUGGGGUAUUUAAAUAUGAUUUUUCUGUCGUGCAAAUGAUUAAGUUAUCAUCUGAUUGGACUUGGUAAUUUUUUUUUUGAUUUGAUUUUUAAUUUUAGUCAUUCUUAUUGUGAAAUGAUGGAAAAUCAUUUUAAAACCUUUAGCUAUAUAUUUUCUAUAUCAUCAUCAUCAUCAUCAUUCUCGGCUUAACGUCCGUUUUCCAUGCUAGCAUGGGUUGGACGGGGUAUAUUAAUGACCCUCUUCCAAUCUGAUCUAGACUGUGUUAGAUCUAAACUCAAUUUCCUCUCUAUCAAGUCUGUCCUUAUAACCUCCUGCCAAGUCUUUCUCGGUCUGCCUCUGGGCUUUGCCCCAGGAACUAUCAAGUCUCUACACUUUCUUACCCAAUUAUCCCCCCAUUAUUAUUUAUAUUUCUACUUAUUUUUAUAAUCGAUAUUUUGUAGUUAUUUAUAUUUGUAGCUAAGCAGGGCUUCAACAAUUUAGCUUGAUGCAUUCUCAAUUUGAUAAGGUUCCACAUUGGCUUCAUCAAAUUUUUAUUUUUUUUGACAUCUGCAUUUGGUAAAAUAUAUUUAACAAAUAAUAAUCGGAAUAACGCUU